GUGGUGAUCUCCCUGCUUGAAGGAGGGGAAGAUCCCUGGAUCCCAGAUGUGCGUAGCCCUGAGGCUGUGCCAGGUGUCCCACCUUCACCAGGAACUCGGAUUACAGAUAUAUUGGAGGAUCUGCAGGAAAGUGGUGUGGCGGAAAUCAGAAGGGAUGUCCAAGGAGGCCUGGAGCAAGGUCAGGAUGAGCACAUCUUGAAGCAAGUGGGAAAGUGUCCGCAAAAGACAGGAAACAGCCCACUGGACUUCAACAUAGGUCAAAAGGAGCCUGAAGAACCCAGGAGCAAGGAUGUGUGCCAGAAGAAAAAGCAGAAUCCAUGCACAGAGUGUGGAAAUAGCUUUGAAAAAGAUUCCAGCAUUGUUAACCACCAGUGCAUACGCUCAGCAAAGAGUCCAUACAAGUGUUCUGACUGUGGGAAGAGCUUCAAAUGGAGAUCCCAACUCACCUACCACCAACGCAUCCACACAGGAGAGAGACCCUACAGGUGCUCUGAGUGUGGGAAGAGCUUCACAAUGAGUUCCCACCUUACCUACCACCAACGCACCCACACAAAAGAGAGACCAUACAAGUGCUCUGAGUGUGGGAAGAGCUUCAAAUGUCGUUCUGAUUUGAACAAGCACCAGCACAUCCACAUGGAGAAGAGACCUUUUAAAUGUCCUCAGUGUGGGAAGAGUUUCAAAAGCAGUUCCCACCUCAGCAAUCACCGACGCAUCCACACAGGGGAGAGACCCUACAAGUGCCCUGAGUGUGGGAAGAGCUUCAAAAGCAGUUCUGAAUUGAAGCUGCACCUGCGAUUCCACACAGGAGAGAAACCGUUUCAGUGUCCUGAGUGUGAGAAGAGCUUCAGAAGCAGUUAUGAAUUGAAGAAUCACCAGCGCAUCCACACAGGGGAGAGACCCUAUAAGUGCUCUGAGUGUGGGAAGAGCUUCAGAAGCUGUACUGCAUUGAAGUUGCAUCACCGCAUCCACACAGGUGAGAAGCCCUACAAGUGCUCUGAGUGUGGGAAGAGCUUCAAAAGCAGUUCCCACCUCACAUACCACCAGCGCAUCCACACAGGAGAGAGACCCUACAAGUGUCAAGAGUGUGGGAAGAGCUUCACAAGCGAUUCAGAUUUGAAGAAGCACCAGCACACCCACACAGGAGAGAGACCCUACAAAUGUCCUGAGUGUGAGAAGAGCUUUACACGCAGAUCUUAUCUCAACAACCACAAGCACAUCCACAGUGCACAGAAGUUGUUGAAGCAUCCCAAGAUUCGGGGAACCUUCAAAAGCAAAUCCCUUGAAUAAAGGAAAAGCAGCCAAACCCAAUCCACUGUCUCCUUCUUUGUAUGGGAACUGCUGAGUCACGGCCUGAGCCUCUGAUUGACCUGAGGCGAGCAAUGAGUCAGCCAUGGGAGCACAGGUGAAGGCAAUUCACCUGUGCUGCAGGAAGAGAUGGAGCGUGGCUCCAGCUCUCCUAGAUCCAUUUAAGAGCUGACUACCAGUGGGGAAGGAUCUUUUCUGGAGAUCCGCUCUGCUGGAGUUUCCUAAGUGAGCCUAGGAUACGGGUAAGCAUCCUAUUUAUUCUUUUUGUCUUGCUUUGCCUAACUCUGUUGUUUAUUUCGUUAUUAUAAUAUCUUAAUAUUCUUUGAUUAUACAAUAAUGCAUGUUGCUCUCCUUCACCUGCAUUUGCUUGUUGAGUGGCCAUGCGAAGGAGAAUCCAGAGUGGGAUGUGUCAUCAGCCACUGGAAACCCUCUGCCAGGUGGCACGUUUCUGCCAGGGGUGCAUGCAAGGAGAGUCACAUCUUACCUCCCCCGUAGAAACUCCUGUGCUGUGGGGCAGCAGGUGAGCAUUCAAAGAGGUGAGAAACCUCAGCUGGGCUGAUAGGUCACCAGGAAGGAAGAAAUCCUGUUUGCUGGCAGUGUGGGAAGAACUUCAUCUGGAGCUCAACCCUCAGUAGAUGCCAGAGAACCAACACAAGAGGAGAGUCCCUGUGAGUGCCUUGACUGCUGGAAGUGGUCUGUCCAGAGCUGGGAGUUCAACACACACCAGUGGAUCCACACGAGGAACCCUACAAAUGUGCAGCCUGCAAGAAGAGCUUUGGCCACAGCUCAAACCUGCUGUGGUACAGAGUGUCUGCACUUGGGUGAAGUCCAAUCCGUGCCUGCACCAGUGAGUUCACGUGGCUGGAAGCCUUAGAAAUGCCUCGAGUGUGAGAAGGGCUUUGUGCAGAGCGCAGAGCUCCUCACUCACAGGAGAUGGCACUCGUGGCAGAAAAUGCUACAAAUGUCCCAUGUCUGGGAAGAGCUUUUCCUUGGGGAUCCACUCAGGGCAGAGACCCUAAAAAUGCCUGCACUGCAGGAGGAGCUUCAUCCAGAGUUCAGUCUUCAUCAAACAUUGCCCUGUUCAUGUGAUAAAGAGGCCCUGCAAGUGUCUUUGGUGCAGGAAGAGUUUCUCUCUGGGCUGGCACCUGCUUUCUCAUGGGAAGACCCCCAACGGAGAGACAAUGAGGAUGUUUAAGAGCUCAGGAUGAGGGAGACCCAGAUACUUCUCCACACACAGGAGGAGCUUGUGAAGGAGAUGGCACCACUGGCACCCUCUGCACAGGGGACAUGACUCAGGAGCUUCAGAUGGCCUUUCCCUGCUGCCCAAAGCAGCUCUCUCACCAUGCCUGCUUUCCUCUUCUGCUCCUCCUGCCAGCAGCUUUUUGAUGCCGUUUCCUAAGGAGAAGCAGCUGUGUAGGGAUGUUCUGUGUGUCUGUGUGCUUGUGUUGCUCUCAGUAAUCUGUGAGUGCACUGAUGAAUCUGAGAGGGGUCAGGAGAGCAGUAACGUGGCUCUUGGAGGUUUUCUGAGAAUCAUCAGUAGUGGAAAGGGAAGGGGUGAAUGAAGUAGCUGAGUUGUACUGAAGCUUUCUUCACUGUUGUCUUGUUUUUUAUUCUGAAAAUCAAUGUCGGCACGUGGAAUGAGAAGAGGGAAAGGUGCAAGCAGGGUUUGUUUUUGGUGCCUCCUCCAGCCCAGUGCUUGCUUCUGGGGAAGGCAUUUCUCUCACACAACCCUAUCGUCCUUCCUAUCCCAGUGUGCUGCACAUUGGUUCUAUUGCUCUUCUCAAAUGCUUUAAUCAGCUCAGAGCAGCUGUGUGACAGCAAGCCUUGGCUGUCCAAUAAAACUACAAAAAGCUGAAUGUGUCCUUCCUAAAUGCGCCAUCUAAAUUUUCUGGAGGUGGAGGGAAUAGUAGGCAUUGGAAACCCACGUGGUGCACAGCUGUGGGGAGGCUUUGUUGGUUAUGGCCCCACAGGGACCAAUUACUACUUCAAUACUCUCCAACAUUUCUGGACAGCGUUUUGACUGCACCUCGAUCAUUUGGUUACAGCAGGCUUCUCUCAGUGCCAGAAGUCCACCGACACCACACACGCUGUGGGGCUCAUUACAGUGCAGAAAGACCUAACGAGCCAUUUCCCUCAAGUCUUCAAGACUUCAGCUGCUCAUUAGGGAGGUCUCAGUGUUGCAGACAAAGCUUUCAAGGAGCCCUGUCCAAAAAAGGAGUUGUCAUAUUUAAGGCAUUUUUAUUACAGCAGACACAGAGAUGUCACUGAGUGCGGCACAACCCCUGUGACACAGAUGGCAGCUCCAACAGGGAGAGGGAGGUACAGCCUGCAUGGGGACAGCAUUGUGGGGAUCCAAGAGGGAAAUGCAGUCAGUGAGAGCUGAUAAGCAGAUAGAGACUGCACCAGGCAAAGAUGGGAAUUAAUGCAGAUGGAGGAGAAAGAGGCCUGUGGAAGAGGAGGGAUGCUUGUGGCCACAUGUGUGGUCAGUGCUGGUCUGGCUGGGGGUGUGGGAGGCACAGAAGGGAGCUGACUGCCCACCAGGACCCAGGGCUACAACCUCAGGACAAGAUGCCUCAACUGAUUCAGCUGAAUCCCAUCCCUAUGGGAUGUAAAGGGCUGUCCUGCCAUCAGAUAGCUGACCUUGUUCUCCUCUCUUUUCCCUCCCAACCGUGGGUGGACUUCCAGAAACAUUCAUGACUGUGGAGGAAGCCUAAUUCUCCUGCUGUGUUGGCUCAUUACUACAAUGGAAGAGGGAAGAGUUUGUGAGACACGAGAGUACUGGGCCAGUGCUUGACCAUGCUUCUGAACGAAGCACGACUGAAUCAACCGCUGAUUCAAGGUGUCAUGAAAAGGCCAAAACACAUGUAGAAAAAAAUCUCUGUGUAAUAAAUGUGUAAUAAAUAACUCUUCUGAGUUUUGAGGACUUUCUAUAAAUUCUCAUGAUCUGUUUUUCAGCAGUCAAAAUGCUGUCCAGAAAUGUUGGAGAGUGUUAAGGUAUUAAUUGGUCCCUGUGGGGCCAUAACCAACAAAGCCUCCCCACAGCUGUGUUAGAGCAGAUUGGAGGCUGUGAUUCCAGGCAGGCAAAGGCCCUGUGCAGGUGCUUUCAGGUUGAGAAAGCCCUUGGUUUGUCUGAUGCAACAGAAGGGUAGGGCCAUCGCUGCAGGCUUUGGGAAGGGUGGUCCCAUCCCUCACUGAUGGGCCAAGGCUCUCAUACGGUCAGUGGGAUGUGGGUGUGGAGUGUUCUGUGAGGGAAAAUGACAUAACACCUACUGGCCUCCCUACAGGGCUGCAAGGAGGCACCCUUGACACAAAGAUAACAUGUACCCUCUUGAGCCACAGCAGCAGACACAACUGCCACAGCCAAAAAGACAAAGACCUUAAUUUUCUGUCAGGUCCCUCCAGCCUUGCCAGUGCUGUUGGCCAUCUCCACCAUGGGCUGUUCUGUGCAGUCCUACACUUGCCUCCUUUUCCCUGCAGGCUGCAGACACUCACCUCGACUCCUGCACUGCCACUCACCCUGGCACAGCCUUACUUUGGUGGUUCUGCAAUCUCACUAGCUGUUCCUUGUGACACAACAGCACAGAUCACAGCGUCCUGCUGGGUGUCUCAAGCAAAACAGCACUACCACUGGAGGCGAGGCUGACCUGUCAGCUUGGGCAGAAAGAAUCACUUCCGAGGUCUGUACGCAGAUCUCCAGCCCAUCCUGUUCAUUUCCCAUGCUAUGCGCACUGGUCUACAGGCACUUCAGAGAAGCAGCAGGUGCAGUUACACCUAGAGGGACGCAAGAAGAUUUUGGAUGGGGUAUUGGCAACAUGACCUUUUCUGUGGAGCCUCCGUAUAACCCUAUGGCCCAGCUCAGAGGUUUUUCCCUGCAUUUCUUGUCCAUCAGGAGCCCACAUACCUGUUUUCUCAAAAGCCUGCCCAAGAUCAGAAUACCCAAAGCCUUGAUCAAGAUACUUUCCCCCUCAGUCAGGCAGCAAAUGGAAGCCUCAGUGCUCCCCAGCAAGGAGCCCCCAAUUACUAACACUCUCCAUCCAUUUUUGGUGGCACUGGUAUUGAUGCAGGGCCCUGUCUGGCCCCACUUCCUAUGCCUCUUACUCCCUGCACUCUCAACGUGCAUCUCGGUGCGUGGGUUUUGACUGUUUUCCUGACCCUCAUCCUUUUCUUGCCUGAGAGACUCAAAUCUAUUACAUGGCGACUCUGCAGGGGUUGGUGGCACCGUGGGUGUUGAACAAAUGAAGAGUAGGUAACCAUUCAUGUGGGUAAAUGCUGUCAGAACACUCAGAGGUGAGGUGAUCCUGCAUCCCUGGUCCACAGAAGAAAUCCUGCAGCACAGAGAAGGCAACUUAGCCUUGUGCAUGAACCACUCAGCAAUCAUCUCUGUGCAGAAAUGAAACAAAUAUCUCAUGUCAAUCUGAGAAAAUCAGAUCCUGGCAUGGCCCUCAAUUUCUGGGAAGCUAGUCACACAUUCACAAGUGAGGCUGUUCUUGAGACACUCCUUUAAAUAAGAAUAAUUAAUAGGUAUCAUCAUCCAGGCUGAGUGGCUUAUAGUAAAGUCCCACAGUGACAUCCACUUUAGUUCCUUGUCCCUUAAUCCAUAUCCAGAGACUUUCAACCACGUCAUUACUAACUGUAUGCUCCGUUCCAUCCAGCCCACCAGUACUUACAGCAACCCUAUCCCAUCUCACCUGCCAUGCAUCUCCAGCCUGGAGAGCCCAGAGCCAUCCAUCACACACAGCACACCCCUCACAGCACCAUUCCCACCACAUUCCACUCAUGCUGAUGAUGCUGCAGCACACAGGGCCUCCAGCUUUAGAUGCCAACGUGAAAAACCAAUAGCACAUAACAGCCUUGCACAUGGGCAGCUGGGAGGCUGGUUGUUCCCUUGGGAGCUCUGUCUGUGGCUGUGUUGAUUCCAUGAGUGCAGAGGUGACAUACGAAAUAGCUUUCUGUGGGGUGGAUGCAACUACUGGUAGAAUUCACCACCACAAAGCCUCCUAAGUGAACAGACACCCUGAGACUGGAAGCCCCCCACCUCCAUGCCCUCCAUUCCACCACCACAAGGAAAACAAACCGUUGUGGAAUCUGAAAUGCUCCUGUUCCUGCAGACAAGGCACAGCAGUCACAACUCUGCAGGGACUCAGACCACAACAGAAAGACUUUCCCCAGAGCAGAGGGAAAACAGGGAAGCUCAGUUACAGAUGAGUUUUCUAACUCUUAAUGCAACUAAACAUGGCAGGUGACAAAACAUAGGGGGAAAUCCACCAUUAGAAUGAUUUCUUCAGGAAAAAAAUAAUGGAAAAACAGUUACACUGGCUCACCAAAAUCAACCUCCACUUCCUGCAAGCUGCAUUCCAAACACAGCAGCUUUAGCUGAGCCCAGCAAAUGAGGCACUUCUGCAGGAGAUCUCAGACACACCUUCCCAAGGUCAAAGCAAAAACCUUCAAGCUCAAAAGGAAUCACCGGCAAGGCAAGCACGCACUGCAGAGCACUCUGAUAUCUCUGUGCUGUGGGGAUGAGCAGCUUGUGCACCGUGUGGGUUUGCACUGCUUUGUGCUCCUAUCACCUCCAGAAACUUGGGAUGGCGCAUUUAGGAAGAACACGUUCAGCUUUUUAUAGUUUUAUUGCAGACAAACAAGGCUUGGUGUCAUACAGCUGCUCUGACCAGCUGAUUAAAGCAUUCGAGAAGAGCAGCAGAACCAAUGUGCAGCAUGAUUAGGAAGGAUGAUAGGGUUGUGUGAAAGAAAUAUCUUCCCAAAAGCAAGCACUGGGCUGGAGGAGGAACCAAAAACAAAUCCUGCUUGCACUUUUCCCUUUCCUCAUUCCACAUGCUGACAUUUUUUUUCAGAACAAAAAUAACAGUUGUCAUGGUUUUGUG